AUGAAUCGAUCUGACAGUGAUGAAUCUGCCUAUCACCGCAGUCCUUCCCUGGACAGUAAAGACUAUUCUGCAGCACACGGUGCCUUUCGCCGUUACAGUCACUUGUAUGGUGGCCAGUUUGGAGCAAACUCCUCUUUCUUUGGUUUACACACUAACCCGGGGCCGAAAGCCAGCAAAGCAGAGUACACCUCUCCAAAGGGCAGUAAAUAUGUGGUCUUUUACCUGGAUCUCUCCUUUAUAUUCCUUCUAGAGCUGAAGAGAUGCAGCAUGGCUCAGAAUUGCUUGCAGUGUCUCAAAUACCUCAUGUUCAUCUUUAAUCUCUUAUUCUGGCUGGGAGGCUGUGCGAUCCUGGGAGUUGGGACCUGGUUGGCUGUAACACAGGGUAACUUCGCCACCCUCUCCACAACCAUCCCCUUCUUAUCAGCUGCCAACCUGCUCAUUGGCAUCGGCAUUGUAGUGAUGAUAGUCGGAUUUCUGGGAUGUGUUGGUGCAAUUAAAGAAAAUAAAUGUCUUCUACUGACUUUCUUUAUCCUGCUGCUAAUUAUCUUUGUGAUGGAAAUGAUUGGAGGGAUUCUUUUCAGUGUCUACAGAGGUCAGAUUGACACUUACGCUCGGAAGGAUCUGAAGGAAGGUCUUCAACUGUUUGAGACAGAUGGGAAUAUCGGCCUCACAAAUGCUUGGAGCAUCAUACAGACAGACUUCAGGUGCUGCGGAGUUUCAAACUACACCGACUGGUUUGAGGCCUUCAACACCACUCAAGUGCCAGACUCGUGCUGCCUGGAAUACAGUGUGAGCUGUGGUCUACAUUCUCCAGACACGUGGUGGAAAGACGCCUGCUAUGAAAAAGUCAAGACGUGGCUUCAGGACAACCUUCUGGCUGUGGGAACCUUCACACUUUGCUCAGCCCUGGUCCAGGUGGUGGGUUUGACCUUUGCCAUGACGUUGUACUGUAACGCAGUGAAAGCCGACACCUACUAUGCCUAGUGACUUACUCCCUGUC